AUGCAGUUGGCUCGUGAGCAACAACUUGAGAAAAUUCUCAACUCUCAGGCAACUUUGGCCUUUGGCCAUAUUGACGACAUUGUGUUGAAACUUGAGCCGUUAAAAGCAGACGCUAAUGCUACUCGUUUUGACAAAUUUAUUGCAAAACUAAGAUGGCAUUUGACCAAAGACGAGGCCCAGGUUCCGCUUAUCACGCUGAAUAGCGUGAAACUAAGUUUGACGGCCCUCACCUGUCUCUUGGUCCUCGAUUCUUCCAUGGCAGAUCUGAGGAGCCAGUCCAUCUCAGAGAGCGAGAAGGAAACCAUGAUUUUACAAAUAAAACAUUUGAGAAGAAUGAUCAACCGCCAGGAGAGAUGUCUGCGACGUCUGGCCAAGAAGAUGGACGGGUUUAUGAACACCGACUCCCAACCAAAAUGGGUAAUAAAUACAAAAAAUAUGGUUGUGAUUAUGCAAGAGAUAAAGAAAGAACCCAUUGCCGAGGCAGAAGCCUUGAUCAAGGAGAAUAUUCCCGGUUCUCCUAUCCCCAUGUCUCCACCUACGGAAACUCCCCUACCGUCGAGAAUGAGUUUUCAACAACCGCUACCGGGGCCAAAUAAUGUUUCUGGUUCUUUGGACAUAUCUACAAAUCUGUCAGAAACUGAAAUGGCGCGACAAAUAGGGACAGAGGCUCGCAGACAAAAGGAGCGAGAGACACGGGUCGUGUUCCAUGACUAUGGCGAUGGAAACAGGGAGACUUAUGAAGUGGUCUCUUCUACUUAUUUUCGCCCUACUAGCCACAGUGGCGGCUCAGGUCUGUCUACUUACGGCUAUGUACCUGUUCCUCCCUUCAAUUUGUCUGAUUUGAAGUUACGGAAGCGACGAAAACGAGGCAAUUGA